UGUACAUCGUAAUAAUUUGUUCUUUUUUUUAUUACUUUUUUUGUGCAUCAUGGCUUUAUUGAUUAAAUGUGCAACAUUGGUGAUUUUGGCGACAGCUGUCCUGGCGGAAUAUGGAUACGGCGGAUACGAGGGUCAAGGUUUAGAAGGUCAUAGUUUCGAAGGUCAAAGUUUUCAAGGACAUGGGCUUGAAGGUCACAGUUUCGAGGGCUAUAGUGUAAACGAACAUCAGAGUCUGGGUCAACAUCACGGAGACGAAUACGAUGUAGACUAUCAUGCACAUCCAAAAUAUUCCUUCGACUACUCUGUGAAGGACCCACAUACUGGUGAUGACAAGGAACACUGGGAGACCAGAGAUGGUGACAAAGUCAAAGGAACCUACACACUGGUAGAAACUGACGGAACAAAGCGUAUCGUUGAAUACGAAGCGGAUGAUAAGAACGGAUUUAAUGCUGUUGUCCAUAAAAUUGGAACACCGAAACAUAUGGAGGAAUAUAAAGUGAGCAAGCCAUCGUACGAGCCGAUUCCAUAUCAACACGACUACCACGCCAGUGAAGAAGGUUUCAUGCCGUCUUACGAAAGCUAUGAGCACUAACUAAUACGUCAAAGAUUUUAUACUUUUAAAUAUUCAAAUGCUUUAAAAUUAAUGUAAGUAUUAUAGAGAAAUGUAUAUUUGUUACUUUUAAGAUCCACUGUCAAAAUAUCCAUACGAAAAAGGUUACAACGCGAAUUAAGAGUUGACAAUGAUUUUGUAUAGUGUUAGGACAGUAUAAAAUAAAAAUUAGAUCGACAAUCUUCAGUGUUAUUUUAAAAUAUAAUUUAACACGUUAGCUAUCAGACAAAUUUUUCGA